UCACAAUCCACUUCCUGCAGACGAAAUUGAAACAAACAUGGGAUAAUAAUAUGCCGUGUAAUGUAUAAAUUAACAAGUUGUUGACAGUAUGAGUUCCAAUGACGAUGAUAGCCCUAGAAAUGUCCCCACAGUAUCCAUUAACAUUCAUACCUCAACUACUUUUCACGGAUUCAAAGAAUUGAAGCAGAAAGUAAAUUGUCAAAAUUCCACAGCAUUCCAUGAUUACAAAGAUGAAAUACAUGUUUUGAAAAUUCACACCAAAAAUGAUAAGCGGAGAAUCCAUGUUUACCCCCCUCUUAAUUCAAAGAAAAGGCACAAGAAAAGGAAAGACAAAAACAGGUUAAAACACCCUAUUCCAACAUCAAUGAUCAAUUCAGAUGAAGAAGAUGAAUCUGAUUUUGAAGAAAGAAGAAAAAGUAUUCAAGAAAAGGUUUCCAAAGGGAUAUACUCAUUUACAAAGUAUGAAGAAAGAGAUAUUCAUGAAAGGGCAGAUGAAUACUGCAGAACUAUUUCUGCAGACAAAUAUCAUUAUGUAAAGCCAGGAGACAUUGGUUAUGAUAUUCAGGAAUCAUCUAAUUUGAAUGGAUUUCAUCUGAAUUGCCCGCUGCCAAAGAAGAAGAAAAGACGGAAUUACCUGACCGACAGCUGUUACGUUACUGCCUGCGAUUUUCACGAUCCGUAUGAUAACACCAAAAUGUUACCCACUGGUACUAGAUUGCUUCGACCAUCAGGAAAGCUAGUACAACUUGUAGCCAAAGUACUGCAGGAGAGUCCAGAUGGCCUUUUGCAGGUGCCUCAAAUAUAUGCCGCCCUACAGAACAUGUAUCCCUACUUCAAAUACAUGGACCCAUCUGCCAUCAACAGCUGGAGGUCCUCUGUUCGUCAUGCCCUGUACCAGAAGUGGUUUAAGAAGAUCAAGUUUACGGUGCCACAGAUCUGUUGUAAAGGGUCUUAUUGGGCCCUCAACAAAGAUUUUGGACUGCCAACAACAAUGACAAUGCCAGACAACAAUGUCAGCGAUUCUAUUGGCGGGUCUAACAUUUCCUAUCCAAAAAAGAAAAGAAGAUAUCGAAAAAAGAAAUACACAGGAACAUGCAAGAUGCAAUUUAAAGCAAAUGGAGAAUUGGUUGAAGUCACCAGAAAAGAGGAUACAGAUUGGAAUCACAAUGUUGCCAAUAGUUUGCAGGAGCUCCUAAAAAUUGCCAAACAAUAUGGUUUAAAGAUAUCUUUGACGACCACUCCUAUACAAGAGAUGACUGAGAAUAACCCUAUUUGUAAAGGGGAUCCAGUGCUUUUCAGCUUACCAUCAGCAUCUAUUGAACAAGCACCAACUUGCAUUUAUGGAUGUGACAGAGAAGAGAAGCAGGGAGAUGGAGAAUUAGUGUCCAAUUUGUUACAACCCCAAAACAGUGAUUCAUUUGUUGUUCUGUCUUCCAGCAAACCAUGUGUACCGGUACUCACAAGACAAAGCAGUACUAACACUGCCUGCCAAGAAACGCUUGGCAAUGUGCAAACCAUUGUAGCAAAUUCAGAAACUCUGUAUGUGAAUGAACACACAGAUUCAUUCCCUGAUGGAGAUGAUUUCUCAGUUGGUGGAUGGAAUGAAGAAACCGAUGAAUCCAACGACUCCGAAGAGUUGCUCUCAGCAUUGUACCCAACCUGUGGUGUAUCAGAUGAAUGCACACACCAAACCAGUGAAAUUGGAGAAGAAGGAGCAAACAUAAGAGAUGAUUUCUUGCCAGAAUUGGACAUGUUUUCAUGUGCUUCAGAUACAGCUAAUUUUGAUUGUUUUUCUCUGCCUUGUAUUGUUGAUAAUGACUUUCAAAGCGAUACACUGGAUCAAUUGCUCAGUGUACUACAGCCUUGCGAUGACCAGGCAGAAGAAGUUAUUCUGGAGAAUAGAGAUCAGGUAGAUGAUGAUUCUCUCUUUGAUAUCUCUUUGAUAAAUGAUGAUUCCUUCUUCCAGCAAUGCAAGUUUUUUGAUUAGCAAGAUUUGGUAUUAAGGGUAAUGCAGAAACAAAGAAUGCAUUUUUUGACAUAUGCAGUAUAUGUAAAACUGGCAUAACUUGCGCAGAUAGUCUGUAUGAUUGAUUAUCACCAUACAUAUAUGAUAUACUAUGUUUGCAGUUCUGACUUUCUGUGUGUGUCUGGUAAGUCAAGCAUGGGAAAUAUUAUUUAUUAAAUGCAUGUAGACAAAGUAGCAUGAAACACAAUCCUGCAUGUCAAGUUUUUUUAAAGUAAAUAACCAGUAAACAUUGAAUUUUAUUACACAGUUACGAUUUUAUUUUAGCAUGACAAAAUGUAAUUUCACAGCUAAUGUUUUGCUAUUGAUGCUUCAAUUAAUAUGGCUUUUUAACUGUACACAACACAUAUACACUAACCUGAAUCAGGUUUUAUUUUUCAUGUGUAUGUAAAAAAAUUUCAUUAAAACUCUUUAAUUAAAAUACUCUUGCAUUUUUUAUGUUUAAUUUACCAGGUUAAUUGAUGAUGGAUAUUAGCUAGAUAUAUGUAUUAAUUACCAUAAUUAUUGACAGCAUUCAUGAAUGAAGGUGUACAUGUUGUAAUUUGUUAUACACGUUUCGGUUUUUCAGGUUAUAAAACAUUUGUAUG